AUAGCUCCUACCUUUCACCGCUGAGGUCUGAUUACCUCAGUGAGACUGAACAGCACCCGCUAAUUGCUUUCCUGAAGAACUGGAUAUGUGAGUGCCGAGGUGCGUGCAACUGUUGCGCAAAGAUAAAACUGCCCAGGUGUCAUCCAGACUUCCAUGUCAGAAAGAAUCUUUUGUUACCACCCCUUACCAUUUCCUGUUUUUGCUCCCCGAGCCUUCCAGCAAGUCUGUUUCCAGACAGUCAAGGCACAAUGGCCUUCCACGACAACACCGUCUCGCGUCACAAUGAGGGUGAAGUCGAGCCUCCCAAAUGUGAAUUGCAUCCGGUCAAAUGGUACCGUUCCACCUUUUGGAACAUGACCGUUUUGGGUUUGUGCAAUCUGGCGGCACCAGGAAUUUGGGGCGCCAUGAACUCGCUUGGGGCCGGCGGCGCUGCCUCACCACAGCUCAUCAAUGCAGCCAAUGCUCUGACUUUCUGUCUCAUGGUGGUAUCGUGCUACUUCUCCAGUACUUUGGUGCACUACGUCGGGAUCAAGGGUGCUCUUAUUUUCGGAACGAUCGGUUACGCGCCAUAUGCAGCGGGCCUUUACACCAAUAACCGCUUUGGGACCGAAUGGCUCGUCUUGUUGGGUGCUGCGCUCUGCGGUAUCUCGGCCGGUGUGUUUUGGAUGGCCGAGGCUGCUAUUGCCAUUGCUUAUCCAGAGCCUUGGAAUAGGGGCAAAGCUAUCGGCUACUGGCUGACAUAUCGACUGGCUGGUCAGAUUCUGGGCGGUGCGAUCAACCUUGGUCUCAAUGCCAAGAACAGCGAGGCUGGCAAAGUGUCAUACACAGUCUUCCUGGUGUUCAUUGCAAUGCAGUGCACUGGUCCCCUCUUCGGAUUUUUGCUCAAUGCACCGGACAAGGUCGAGAGAACAGAUGGCAAGAAGGUGGAGCUGGCCAUCACGCGCGGUCCUCUCUUCGAGCUCAAGGAGACGGCGAGGCUGUUCUUGGGCAACAAGUUUCUCUUGAUGGUGUUGUUCAUCGGGCAGGCUGUCUUUGCAGAGGCAGUCUACUUCACCUAUCUUGCUAUGUGGUUCUCUGUCCGAUCUCGUGCUUUGGGAUCGUUCUUGUCUGGCAUCAUUGCUGUUGUUUCGGGGUGGAUACUCGGUGCCUGGAUUGAUCGCACAAGAAUUGCUCUCAAGACUCGUGCUCGCACCAGCUUCUGGGUCAUUGUGGUUCUGCAGGGCGCUUGGUGGACGUGGGCGACGGUUCUUGUCACCCGCUAUCGCGUCACCAGACCAACGUUCGACUGGGUUGACGGGAACUUCGGUGAGGGCUUUGGUGUUUUCGUGUUUUUGACCGUUGGCUUCCAGCUGAACUACAUGUUUCUGUACUUCAUCAUCCACAACUUGGCCAAAGAUGAGUCGGAGGUGGUCCGCUAUGCCGCGCUUCUGCGGGGAACUGAGUCGGCGUGGCAGGCUGUCAGCUACGGCCUCACUUCGCUCGUGGUCUUUGCUGAGGUUGGGGGUGUUUACAUUAACUUUGGACUGUGGGCCAUCGCCAUCUUCCCGGCUUGGUUGGUUGUGCGCGAGUUUGGCACCUCCAAAGUGGAGUUCGUGGAGGAGCGGGCGUCGUCAGCGGAAACACCGAGCUUGAAGAGCGACAACAAGGGUUUGUGAAUAGCC